AUGACGCCAACCGGAGCCACUGCCGCUCUCGUGCUAGCAGUACUCACCCUAGCACACCAUGCCUCACUCGCCGCCGCCGCCGGCCCCAGGGUCAUCAUCGUCGGCGCCGGCAUGUCAGGGAUCUCGGCGGGGAAGCGGCUGUCGGAGGCCGGGAUAACGGACCUGGUGAUCCUGGAGGCGACGGACCACGUCGGCGGGAGGAUGCACAAGCGGGACUUCGGCGGCAUCAGCGUGGAGAUGGGCGCCAACUGGGUGGAGGGCGUCAACGGCGGCAAGAUGAACCCCAUCUGGCCCAUCGUCAACUCCACGCUCAAGCUCACCAACUUCCGCUCCGACUUCGACGACCUUGCCAGCAACGUCUACAGGGAGAAAGGUGGUGUCUACAAAAAAGCGUACGUGCAGAAGAGAAUUGACCUGUCGGACAAGGUGCAAGAGGGCGGCGAGGAACACUCUGCCAAGCUGCAUCUCAGCGGCCAGGAUGACAUGUCAAUCCUCGCCAUGCAACGCCUCAACGACCACCUUCCCAACGGGCCGUCGACGGCAGUGGACAUGAUCCUGGACUACUUCAAGUACGACUACGAGUUCGCCGAACCGCCACGCGUGACCAGCCUGCAAAACACCAUCCCUCUCGCCACCUUCAACGACUUCGGCGACGAUGUUUACUUCGUCGCCGACCAGCGCGGCUAUGAGGCCGUCGUCUACCACCUCGCUGGCCAGUACCUCAAGGCCGACAAGUCCGGUGGCAUCAUCGACCCCCGUCUGCAGCUCAACAAGGUGGUGCGAGAGAUCUCUUACUCCGGAAGCGGCGUAAGAGUGGAGACGGAGGACAACAAGGUGUAUAAGGCAGACUAUGUCAUGGUCUCAACGAGCUUGGGGGUCUUGCAAUCAGAUCUCAUAAAAUUUGAGCCACAACUUCCUACAUGGAAGGUUCUGUCGAUCUACCAAUUUGACAUGGCUGUGUACACCAAGAUCUUUGUCAAAUUCCCCAAGAAGUUCUGGCCCGAAGGCAAAGGCAGAGAGUUCUUCCUCUACGCGAGCAGCAGGAGAGGCUACUAUGGAGUAUGGCAGGAGUUUGAGGCGCAGUAUCCAGACGCCAAUGUCCUCUUGGUCACCGUCACCGACGAGGAGUCGAGGCGGAUCGAGCAGCAGUCAGACAACCAGACCAAGGUGGAGAUCAUGGAGGUGUUGAGGAGCAUGUUCCGCGAUGAGGAUGUCCCUGACGCGACAGACAUCCUCGUGCCACGGUGGUGGUCCGAUAGGUUCUACAGGGGCACCUUCUCCAACUGGCCCAUCGGCGUCAACCGCUACGAAUACGACCAGCUCAGGGCACCGGUCGGCAGGGUUUACUUCACCGGGGAGCACACCAGCGAGCACUACAAUGGCUAUGUCCAUGGAGCUUAUCUUUCAGGCAUUGAUUCGGCGGACAUUCUAAUCAACUGUGCUCAGAAGAGUAUGUGCAAAUACCACGUCCAGGGCAAGUAUGACUAA